AUGGAAGUGGCAUUUUGUCAGACUUGGCUCUUUUUCGCAGUGCUCAGCGACUUUCUUCGGUAUUGCGAAAUUCCACUCGAAAUGAAAGAUUUCAUCUGCGACGAAAGAGGCUUUUGCUUUGAAGAACCCAGGUCUCUUCGAGAUGGCUGGGUUGAUGACCCUCUAAUGUCCUCUUCAUCAGGGAAAUGUCAGCCUUCACGGAGCUUCUGGAGAGGCACCACUCAACACAAGCAAAGUAUUCCGACAGACCAUGCCUCUGAAAAUCUUUAUGUUACGGACAAGAGACUCUGGAGUUAUCUUCACCGAUGGAUCUCUAUUCAAUGCCGCCAAAGUUCUCAGAGGAGAGCGAUCGUCUACAGGGAGAUCUAUGAAAUGCUUAGCCGCAUCGAUCUGCUGACUGAGAAUCAUCUAAGAGGACAGCAUACGCUAGCUUUGCAUAUGUUGAUCCACAACUUGCAAGGUACUCUGGAAAUUGUAAACGCCAGGGUCUACGGUGAUCCCAUUUUGAAGCAAGGAGUUAGGUGCCACCUGUUGGAAAGGCGGAUGUUACACCAGAAAUGGUGCCAGACCGACGUUGAAUGGCUGGGGGCAUAUUUCCAUGUCUCCUGGUUAUACUCAUUCAGCCUCCUUGGUGUGACUCGAAGUUUAAAGGAGCACGAGUGUGAUCCUAAGAGGGCAUGCACCGCGAUUGGUUCUGUUGGGGACGGCUAUGUGACGGCUCACAGGGACGGAUGUCCCGGCUGUCAAGUUAUUGUCCCACCCGCCCAAAAGGUGCAUGAGAUCUUGAAAACAGGAGCCAUUCCCCUGAUAUCUGCGAAGUGGGCACAUUCUCUAGCUGAUAUUGACCCCGAACUUUCGGUCACCAUCGAACACGCGGACGGUCAACUUGCGCGUCAACCAGGGUGGAUCGAGUGCUCCGCUCUUCCAAAAGAAGGACCGAAAUUGAAAGUUGGAAUUGUUCCAGUUGAGAGCGGCCGACCAUAUGUCGCAAUAUCCCAUGUUUGGUCUGACGGGCUGGGUAACCCGGACGGAAACUCCCUCCCACAAUGUCAGUUUGAAGCUCUAACAAGAUAUACCGCUCUCGCUGCUACUGGGAGGACAACAAUGGGUAGUGCGGUAUAUUUUUGGAUUGACUCGAUCUGCGUUCCUCUUGGCCCGGAACUGAGACGCAAAGCUAUAAUGCAGAUGAGAGAAGUAUACGCUCAAGCAGAGAUUGUUCUGGUUCUCGACAACACUCUUCUGCGCAAAAGCUUGAAUGUGUCCGCCGAGGAGUUGAAGCUACGAAUAUUCUCUAGUACCUGGUUCCGGAGAAUGUGGACCCUUCAAGAAGGAGUUCUUGCUUCCACACUACUAUUUCAAUUCUCGGACGGCGUUGUUCCCCUCACCGAUUUGGUGAGUGUGAACCCGUCGUACGAUAUCAUUUCAGCCACCAGCAGUGAAAAGGCAUCAGCAUUGUUAAGUUUGAAGGAAAUGCCAAGAUCGAGUCCAGCCGAGAGAAUAGCUUUAUUUUCGUCGGUAAUUCGUCUCUUUUGCCAUCGUUCAACCUCCCAGAAAACCGAUGAGCCAAUCUGCUUCGCAACUUUGCUAGGCCUUGACCUAGAACAAGUAAUGAGUGGUGGAGCAGGUCAAGGCUUAGAAAGGCUGCUUCUGCUGCAGAAAGACUUUUCUCCGACCAUCCUGUUUACUUCAGGUCCAAAGAUGGAGCGGCCAGGCUUUCGAUGGGCACCAGCAACUUUUCGUCAGCGAUGGAGCGCGACACAACUCGAUCUCUUUGACGAGCCAAAGCAUAUUACAAAAGGCCCUCACGCAUAUGUCACAAAGGUAGGCCUCGUAUGCUCCUUACCUGGCAUCAUCAUUCCGAAGCUUCCCCGGUUGGACCGCCCAAGCUUCAUUGUCAUAACUCCUUCGAAUCACUGGCUCGUUGUAAAGUUUCUGGAAAUGUGGACGGAUCGGCCAAUCUUCAAGCGCCAGCUCAAUGCCGUACUUCCACUCCGGCGCUGGGUCUCUGUUAUCCUUCAUACUGAGGUUCAUAAUAUGCAAACUAAUCCUCUAGGCUGCAGCCCCGGCGUGCUGGUCGAAGAUUGCCGCAACGAUGACGGGACGGUGCAUUGCCAAAUUGGGGCGCAAGUCUAUGUCAAGAAUUUGUUUCGGCAACCACCAAAAGGAUUUUUAGGUUCUGAGCUUGAGGACUUGGAAAAAUUGGUUGAGAUAGAAGAGGAUGGAAAGCUAGGUCGACCAAAAUGCGCUGCGACUGGAGGCGAGAUAGUCAGCAGGAAUCACAAAUGGUGCGUUUCUUAA